CGUCAAUCAAAAUAGAAAAAAAUCGACCCGAAUUCACCGAUCAACACUAGCCCGCCUUUGAUAAAAUAAUCAUGUUUGGAGUUUAGUUUAGCAGAUAAUCCACCCGGUUGCUACCACUCACGCUAUGACCGGUACGUAAACACUUACGGCAUCGAAGCGUGCAACUAAUCGACUACAGAUAUGUCUGCCAUUCAGCUGACGGGCUCGGAUCGAUGGGAGGUGUUGACUCCUGUCUCGACCGGGAAGGAUGAUCAGGGAAUUGUUCACAUUCAAAACUCUGGGAUUGUCACAUCCAACGGGCAGUACAUGCUUCCUAUCGGGAGUCUCCCCAACCAGCCCAUUUAUGUUACAGCAUCUGGGAACGAGUCUGCAUCUAAUGGCGUGUCCGGCAUUCAGUAUCAGGUCAUCCCCCAAAUCCAAAAUGCAGAUGGGACACUUACGGGAUUCGCACAGGGCCUGGAUGAUGGCACGGGGCAGAUCCACCUCAUCCAAGAUGGCAGCCAUGGCGGCAUUGGAAUCAGCUGUGCCACAACAACGACCACAGAUAUUCUGACGCAGUCGGGGCAUGUACAGUCAAUCCAAGGCGUCUCGCUGGCCGGGGGGUCGGCGUACACCGGCACAGUAGGGUUGCCCGGCAACAUAACGUUCGUCCCUAUAAACAGUGUGGAUCUGGAGUCUCUAGGGCUGACCGGAGCGCAUUCGGUCCCCAUUGCAACGGGGGUAACAGCCGAAGGUCAGCUGAUCAUGGGCGGCCAGACGCUGGACAGUCAGGGCCAGGACUCCGGUGUCAAGCAUUCGAUGGUGACGAUGAGCGCCGGAAACCAAGAACUCUACGUGCCAACCACCACUUCCUCUUCAAACUCCUCCCAUCUUCCGGAGACCAUCGACGGUACCGGGGUCCUGACCCAAGCAACCGCCGUGUCUGCAGGCGUGUCUGACCCCUCUUCGGAGAACUUCAACUCCCACAACCACAUGCAGCAAAUCCAGGUCUCAUCCUCCAACGCCACCACUAUCUCGCAGCCCAUCCUGCAGCUGUCUGGGGACAGUCAGGCCCAGGUGGCUCAGGGUCAGGACCUGAGUGCAGGAGGUCAGACUCUACAGAGUGUGCAGCUGGUCAACCCGGGGACUUUCCUCAUCCAGGCGCAAACUGUCACCGCCACCGGACAGAUCCAGUGGCAGACCUUCCAGGUUCAAGGUGUCCAGUCACUCCAGGGGCUCCAGUUGCCCCAGGGACAGGGACAGGCCCAGCAGCUGACCUUAGCCCCGGUCCAUACCCUCCCUCUGGGCCAGACGGGCCAGGUCAACCUGCCCAACCUCCAGACAGUCACAGUGAACUCUGUAGCACAAGGCGGAGUUCAGUACACACAGGGGGAGGACGCCAACAGUCCAGCUGGCAUCCAGAUAAAGGAGGAGCCGGACUCUGAGGAGUGGCAGCUGAGUGGAAACUCCACGCUGAACCCCAGCGAUCUGAACAACCUGCGUGUUCAGAUGGGAGAUGAGGACAUGGACAUGCAGGGCGGGGAGGGCAAGAGGCUCCGCAGAGUCGCCUGCACCUGCCCCAACUGCAAAGAGUCCGGAGGAAGAGGUUCAGGCAUGGGGAAGAAGAAGCAGCAUAUCUGCCACAUCGCCGGCUGUGGGAAGGUUUACGGGAAGACGUCUCAUCUUCGAGCUCACCUGCGCUGGCACAGCGGAGAGAGACCCUUCGUCUGCAACUGGAUGUUCUGCGGGAAGAGGUUCACCAGGAGCGACGAGCUGCAAAGACACAGGAGAACACAUACAGGAGAGAAGAAGUUUGUGUGCACAGAGUGCUCCAAGAGGUUCAUGCGGAGCGACCACCUGGCCAAGCACAUAAAGACUCACCAGAAUAAAAAAGGCAUGGUUCCUUCCUCCACGUCUCCGCCCAGCACCGACACCGUCAUCACCGCCGACGGAACCACGCUCAUCCUCCAGACCGCCACCCACGACCUCCUAGCCAAUCAGCAGGAGAUCCCUUUGCAGCUGGUCACCGUGGCUUCCGGUGAGGUUAUGGAAUGAGGGGGGUGGAUUGGGUGUUUUUUUGAGAACUGGCCUAUCACAGGGACCUCUUGGGCUUUUCUCUUUCCCCUCUUACCUUUUUUUGUUUGUUUUUUUACAUAUGAAUAUAUACGUAAAUAUAUAUGACAAAUAUAUAUAUUUUAAGAGUUAUCAUGACUUUAUGUUUGUUUUUUGCAGUCUUUUUAUAGGCGGGCAAAAAAAAUAACAUUAAAAUGUGGUUGCUAUUUACACGCAUAAACACACAAACACACACAUACAACAACAUACAUUAACACUCAACACAUGACAUGAAUACUCAACACAAUGAAAUGCCUUAUUUUGUAUCAUAAUCUUGUAUAAAAUGCUGGAGGUGCAUGUGUUUUUUAAGCUUUGCAGAUGAUGUAACUGUAACGGAGAUAAAUGUGUUUGUGAAAUGGCGAUGAUGAUGAAGAGGAGGAAGAGGAGUUUCUUAAAGAGAGAAAAGGAAGUAGUGAACCUCUCUGGCAUGACAAACUAGCGCUGCGUCCACGCUGAACUGUUGCACUGCUGCUGCCAUUAAACUAAAUUGGUAGUUUUUAAAAGGAAUAGUUAAAACAUUUUCGGGGAUAAAUUCUAUAUUUUGCCUUUUUGUGCAAAGUUAGCUGAAAAGAUUGCCACCACUCUCAUGUUUGUAUGGUAAAUAUGAAGCUACUGGUUAGCUUAGCUCCGGAAAAAAAGCCUAGCCUGGCUGUUCAAAGGUAAGAAAAUCAGUUUGUCAGCACCUCUAAACCUCAUUACUCAUUACUUAACACGUAUCUUGCUUGUUAAAGGUACAAUAUGCAAUGAUUUCCUUUAAAAACAGCGAAUAGGCUGAAGUGUGUGGUGGUGUCGGUAUCUGCAGACAUCCUGCCCUCUGUCUGGAUUUCCUGUUUUCUUCUUCUUUUUUUUGGUGUCUGGGCCGGUUCUCAUUCCCAGGUCAAACACUGCCACUUUGUCAGACACAGAGAGAGCAGUCAGGCCACCGCAGGAUGAAGGGUGCCUUGGUCUGUGCGGCAUCUUCAUACAUGGCAUACAUCCAUGUGAGUGCUAUCAAUCUUAUCUCAUCUCGCUCUUGCCAAGAAAGCAAAUAAGCGUUAUAUCCCAAACUUUUACUUUAAUAAAGCCGCAGCAGGGCGGUGACACUGAUGUCAUAGUUUAGUUUAAGCUGCUUCAAGCAGAGCAGGAGGUUCAGCCGGCGGUCAGAGCAGGACGACAGUGCCACCGAUAACUGAAGCGAAGUUGGUGUUUUUCACCUCGCGGAGGGGCAAAUAGAUGCAAGCCGCUCUGAAAACGGGGCAACUUCUUCCAGCAUCUGGUCAGUCCGAACAGAAAGUCUCAUCUGUCCUCACGAACACACCGUCCGCUGUGCUUGUCCACGUCUUUUAUUUUUAUUUUAUUUUCCUAUUUUUGUUGUAAAUUCACAUUGUAUAUCAGUUUUUUCUGUGUCUGUUCACCAAUCUGCAUGUCGUCUAAAACCGAAGCCACAUGAUGGUGAUCAUAGAAGUGUGGAGCGGUCGUUUUCAUGCAGGGCUCUUCGUUGCCAUUGUCGGCUGCACAUGGCUGCAGGGGAUGCACAUGCACCAAUGUUGCCAUGUGAAGAAAACAAAUGCAACAAAUCAUAAAGGCCCCGAGGGUGUGUUUGUCAUCGAACAUUCCAGUUGGACACCAGAUGAUGUGGGAUUAGUUUUGCAAUAACUGCUCUGUUGGUAAUUCUGGACGGACGUCACUCAAGUCAAAAGGAAUACAAUCAAUCAUGCCAUUGUUUGUCGUUUUGUUUUUAUUUUAUUUUAAUUAAUGUAAUCCUUUCCUCAGUUUGUCCUCAUGUUUGUAGCAUUCAUUUACAUGUAUAUUAUCUUAUUUUCACAUUGUUUAUAGAAGCCAUUACUUAGUUAACUGAAUUUGUUGUAUCAAAACCUUAUUUUAAGUGAUUUUUUUUUUUUUAAAGAAUUGGUGUAAAAAUUGAAUGUUACCUUUUGUAAAACCUUUUUUCAAAUGGAUCACAAUAA